UUUUUGUACUGGAGAUCUAAACGUCACAUUUUAAUUCACCGCCAACCACCACGAUGCACUUCACCACUGUCUUUGGGACCCUCGCCGCGCUGGCCGCGUCCGCCUCGGCGCACGUCUCACUCAACCCCGCGGUCGCUGCCCCCAACGCGUACUUUGUGACGAUCGUCCGCGUGCCGCACUCGUUCCCGGGCGCCGUGACCAAAAACGUCAGCGUGGACAUCCCCGUGGGGGUCGCGUCCGUCAAGCCCCAACAAGUGGGCGGCUGGAAGGUGGCGACCACCACCAAGACCGUCAACGGCACCGACGUCGUGUCCAAGGUGACGUGGUACGACGGAUCGCUGCCCGACGAACUGUACCAGGACUUUGGCUUGCAAUUCAAGGUCGGCGACCUCCCGCUCAACACAACGCUGUACUUCCCCGUGACCCAAGAAACCACCCCCAACGGCACCCUCGCGUGGACGUCUGUGCCUGACGACGCCGGAAAGUUGGCGGAUGCAGCGCACCCCGCCCCCAAGCUGACCAUUCAAAACGCCACUGCCACCACCGCCGCAGGGGCACCCGGUGCCGCCAGCAACAGCUCGAACGCUACCCCUGCGCCGGGCAAGUCGAGUACCAUCACGGCUGCCAUGUCCGCCAGUGUGGUCGCCCUCUCUGUCGUGUCGAUGUAUCUGUAGACGAUAUAUAGCUUGUAAUAUAGCGGGUCCAAUUGGCCAUGUACAUGACACUUGGGGGUCAUCGAUGACAGACAAUGGUCUACAAUUGGUGAG